AUAAGAAACUGAAACAACUUAUGAUAACAAAACAAGCUAUAUUACUGCCAUUGUUUCUGUUUUAAGCACGUAAACUGCCGCGAAGUUCUUAAUCAAAUAUUUGCACAACUGGUAUCAAAAUUUGCCCAACGGGAACGUGCCCCCGUGAGCAGGUAGCUUGCCAUUUUAGACCUUAGUCACAUAUUCGUCGUUGAAGCGGAAACUUCACUUUAUCAUGCAUCGGAAAACGGAAAACGUCUUUGUGGCGGCGGUCGCUAUUUUGUGCUGCUCGGUAUAUUCGGCCGCCUUGGGGGAUGAAGAACGAAAGAGUAUCCUUACGGUGAACGAUGAAGAUCAUCAACAGCAAAACUUAUCGCUCCUGAAGCAGCGGAUACAAACCUGCAUGGAUCGACUGGAUGGCAAUAUCGAGUCCAGUCAAGUGCUGAUCCAUACACUGCUGCAGCAGCUGAAUCUGGGAGACCCUCGGCGGACGUCCGUUGUUGAAGAUGCCGAAGCUACCGUGCAGUUGGUUAGAAUUCAAACGACAGAUGACAGGGGGAUGCUAAUAUGGACCUCGAAUGGUUUCUACAUAUCGCUAUCGUUCAUCUUGUUCCUGCAUUUAAUGAUACUGAUCGUGUUCGGAUUGAUAAGCUUGUGUUUAUCGAAAACAGCUGCCAGUGUGGUACCGAGAGUAAACGUGUAGCAAAACCUAUCCAGUGGUGUUCGUAGAGCAGUUCCAUCGUUGUUAAUCGAAGAUAACAAUUUACACAUGUUCUUAACGCGUUCCUGAAAGGAAUCGGAUGGACAGCAGUACCGAGCUGGUGCCUUCCAUUUUUGUGUGAUAUAUAAGUUCAAAUUUUUCGUAAAGUUUAUGACAGUCAUAAAAGUUUGACAUGGUUUUAUGAGUGUCUUGUUGCAAAAGUGUUGCAUAAACUGGUUGUUUUAUUGCUAACGAUGCUGAAAAGGAGUAUAAAUAAUAU